AUGCCGUCAAUAAAGGUUUUGUUCACAACUUAUUCUCAUGAAGAAGUGUGGGUAGAAAAAAAAUCUUGUGUGAAGAAGUGUGGGUUUUGUUUGGUGCACAAGCAAGAUGAGGAACAACUCAACCAGAUCAUGAUGAACAAAUCCAUCAUCAAGAGCACUACUACUUGUCCUACCAAAUCAGCUGAUGCACAAGGUCAACAACGCCACGAUGACGAGGAGGCUAGUCCUAGUGGAAGUGGUAGGUCUCACCAAAAAUCUCUCUUCUGCAAUACCUAUGCUGUUUCCGAAGAGGCAGACUUAAAUGAUGUUGUUGAUGAAGCUCGGCCCAGAAAAAGAAAAAAGAUCGAUGUGAUUGGGACUGAGCUAUGA